UGUGGUGUGGGUGCUGAGUCGCUGUUCCCAUUCAUUUAAGGUGCUAUUAAGUGUCUGCAGUUCGCGGAAAAGUACAGUUAGUCGACACGGAUGCGGUGACGGUGACACGUAUACAAAACGAACAAUGAAACCUGUGGCGCUGGGACAGAUGAACGAGUGCAUUGAGUUUGCGCGGAAUGUGAUGUCUGGGAGUUUCGGACUGUAGUUGGCUUAAGCCGAGUACCCAUCCGCUGUUUACGUUUAAUAACGGCGGUUAUCUGCUCAAACGUUGGCAUGGAGGUUCACAUUAUAGCGGCGACAGCUUUCAUUUUCUUGGGCUGUUGCACCAACGUCUUCUUCCUCGAACUGUUGGUCAAAGAGCAUCCGGGAUGCACCAAUUUGAUCACGUUUUCACAGUUUCUAUUCAUCGCCAUAGAAGGAUUCAUAUUUGCAACGAAUUUCGGCAAGAGACGCCCCGUGGUACCACUCAAACAUUAUGUCACACUGGUUGUCAUGUUUUUCUUGGUCAGCAUUUCCAACAAUCAUGCCCUUUCGUACGACAUCUCAAUGCCUCUGCACAUGAUCUUCAAAUCCGGCUCACUUAUUGCAAACAUGGUACUAGCCAUCAUUCUACUGAAGAGGAGGUACCCGCUCUCCAAGCACCUUGCAGUAUUUAUGAUAACUGUUGGCAUUGUGAUAUGCACCAUAGCUUCAGUGGGUGACAAGAAAGAAGCAGGGACUGUUAAGAUGGAAGACAGCAGCAUUUACACCAGAUGUGUUGGCAUAGGGCUUCUCUUGUUUGCUCUCCUGCUCUCGGCUCGUAUGGGUAUUUACCAAGAAACACUUUACGCCCGCUAUGGCAAGCACCCCCGUGAAUCUCUCUUCUAUGCUCAUGCUCUGCCACUGCCUGGGUUUCUCCUCCUUGUCCCCAACAUUUAUUCGCAUGCCGUGCUCUUCAACCAGUCAGCACCACUGCCUCUGCCCAUUUUGGAAAGCAUCCCGAGGUCCUGGGUAUACCUCCUCCUAAAUGUCAUCACUCAAUAUGUGUGCAUCCGAUCGGUGUAUGUGCUGACAACCGAGUGCUCAUCGCUGACGGUAACGCUGGUGAUCACGCUGCGCAAGUUCGUCUCGCUGCUCCUGUCGAUCUACUGCUUCCAGAAUCCAUUCACGCUCACCCACUGGUUCGGCACGGUGCUCGUGUUUGCGGGAACGUUGCUCUUCACGGGAGUGUUGUCACCGGCACCCGCAGUCACAGAGCCACGGUUGAAAACGCAGUAGGACACUGUUGUGCCUUCAGUUUUAGCCCCCCCCUGCACUGGGUGUGGCUUUGCUGCUCCCGGCCAUGGCAGUAUCCUAGUUUACCAGUCGCCUCUGCAAUUUGGUGCAGUGUGAUGAAAGUCAUCUCACUAGUUCCAUGUAGUGCAGCAACAGCUUGUUUCAGCCAAUUGGAUCUUUCCAUUCGUUUCAUAAAGCACAGAAGGGGAUUAGUGCUGAAUGAACUAAGCCCUUCUGAUUGGCUAAAUGAAACACUGCACAGCGUGGAGUUGGCAUGGUGUAUGUUGUGUUAAGUGCAACAAGUCAAGGCAAGCUGUAACAGUACAUACUCCAUCUGUAAGGGGAGAAACAGGUACAAAUGGCUCUUUUGGCUAAGCUGCUUGCUGCUUUACAUUCUCAUUUCAUGUGGAGGUUGCAUUUAGUGGUGGUUUUUGUUUAAUACCAUGUCUGGACGCAGUACUUGCAUGCAGACAUUAAACUUUUGCACUAGAUGGGAUGGUUGGUGAGGUGAAGUAGACCUCAUUAACUGCAACAGGUCAAGGCGAGCUCUUAAAUGCUGAAUGUUGCACUGAUAAGUGAGCCGGGUAUAUAUAGACUCUUUUGACUAAACUGCUCGCUUCUUCGCUCUCAAAUUUCGCAUGAAAUUUACAUUUAGUGUUGGGUUUUGUCAAUGUCUGGAUGCUGUAUUUUUUUUUUUUUUUUCAUCCAGAAUAACUUGGAACUGCACAUUAUCUGUGGCAGUGCUGGACGGAAAGCAUAUGUUUACUCAAUGAAGGGAACAGUGGUCGUCUGUUGCGCGGAGCGAGAAUCCAUUCCAUGCUCUCUUCUCUGCAGUGGGCAUUUCAUCCUCGGUAAACGCAAUCGUUGCUCGUAAUGCGCACGGCAGACAGUGCAUACAUCUAAAUAAGUUGAGGUAGAACCGGAAAAUGGAGCAUCUAAGCAAUGUAUAAAGAAGACCUACUGCAAAGUACAACUUCCAUGUAAAGCUUGAGUGCAGAAAAGCUAACAGUUUUGUCAAGUUGCAUACUUACCUCCCUUAUCUAUUCAUUAUAAUGUACUGCACGGUGCGCAUCCGAUGUGCUGUUAACUUUAGUGGAUACUGUGACCUUUUGGCCACUGUUCACUUUCUUAAAGAAGAAAUCCUUUAACUCUAUGAUGUCGGACUUGAAUUGGUCGGGCUCGUCAUGUGUCAAAAUGUGAUAUAUGCUUACAGGUCCCCAUGCUCUGUUCUGCACAGACUUUCAUAAAUGUUCGUCCCUAAUGGGUGCAUGAAUAUUCAGUGGCGGCAUCGAAGAAAAAUAAAGUUAAUCCUGAAGACUCCUGGUGGUAAAAAAUAAAGCCACAUUUCAUGUAUAUGAACACCAUUCAAGCGCACAUUCAUUUUAUGUCUGGAUCCAGAGGAGUGUAAAGCCAUACCCAGUGACAGUUCUAGGAGGGAUAAAUUAUAUGCUUACAACAGGCUAUACAUUAAAAUAAAAGCUCCUUUUACAAGCUUCAUAA